AUGGUCUUCAAAAUGAGUGUUUUGGCUACCGCCCUCUUGGGUGCGUCGGCUGUCAACGCCCACUUGCUCAUGACCAGCCCUGCCCCGUACGGCGCAGACUCGCUGAACAACUCUCCCUUGGACGCCUCCGGCAGUGACUUUCCUUGCAAGCAGCGUACUGGCGUCUACGAUGCCGCCAAGAGCGACAAUGCCUACAGCGUCGGUGAAACUGUGCAGAUCAAACUCGAGGGCAGUGCCGUUCACGGUGGUGGUUCGUGCCAAGUCAGUUUGACCACCGACGAGAAGCCCACCAAGGACUCCAACUGGUACGUCAUCAAGUCGAUCGAAGGUGGUUGCCCUGUCGAUACCUCGGGUAAUCUGGGGAACAAUCCGAGUAACAUUAUCGACAACCCUUCCCUCAACUUCACCAUUCCCGACAUCGAUGCUGGAAAAUACACCAUGGCCUGGACUUGGUUCAACCGUGUUGGAAACCGUGAGAUGUACAUGAACUGUGCACCUCUCACCGUCCAGGGCGGUUCGUCCUCCAAGCGUUCCGAGGAGGAGAAGCGCUCCACCAACUACCCUGGCAUGUUCGUCGCCAAUGUCAACGGCUGCAGCACGCCGGAAAGCGUUGACAUCCGCUUCCCCGAUCCCGGUGAUGACGUUGCCUACCUCGGCCAAGCCAGCAAUCUCCAGCAGGAGGGCGAGAGCGCUUGCAAUGGUAGCCCCAGUUUCUCUGGUGGUAAGGGCGGUAGCAUCGGCUCUCCCUCUAGCUCCGGUUCCGGCUCUGGUUCGUCCGCCAGCUCCGAGCCCAGCCCCGUUGUCAGUGCCUCUCUCGGUCUCAGCCUUGGUCUCGGUGGUGGUUCUGCUCCUACCGGUGGCGCCUACGCUCCUCAAGCUGCGUCCGCUUCCCAGGUCAGCGCUCCAGCUCCCACUCAGUCUGCUGCUCCGGCUGCCGAGUCUAGCGCUUCCAGCUCCGAUUCCACUUCUAACUCCGGCUCCUCCGACUCCGGCUCCAGCUCCAGCUCCAGCUCUGGCUCUGGCUCUGGCGCAUCCGGCUCGUGCACCUUGGGCCAAUACAACUGCCUCGACGGCUCGAGCUUCCAGCAAUGUGUGCAGAAGGAUGCCGAAACCACUGAAUGGGGCACUUCUCAGCAGAUGGCUGCAGGUGUCACAUGUACCGUUGGUGUGAGCAGCGACCUUGGUGUCCAAGCUGCCAAGUUGAAACCUCGCAUGAACUCGAUGCGUUUCGGAAAGCGUGCCCACGGUGGUCAUCGCCACGCAUGA